AUGUAGGGGUUCAGAAGUCUGGUGGCAACAACCUUGGCUCUUUUCCUGGUGUUUUCUUUUAUGGGAAACUCCAGCAGUGCACCACAGAGACUCUUUGAGAAAAGGAACUGGACUCCUCAAGCUAUGCUCUACCUGAAGGGUGCACAGGGGCGCCGCUUCAUCUCCGACCAGAGCCGGAGGAAGGACAUCUCCGACCGGCCGCUGUCGGAAAGACGAAGCCCAAACCCUCAACUACUAACUCUUCCAGAGGCAGAAGCUCUGUUACUGGCUUCCUUGCAGAAACCACAAGAAGCUGGAGAAGAAAAUUUUGAUCAAACCAGAUUCCUAGAAGACAGUCUGCUAAACUGGUGAAAAUAUGCCCAAUUGCAUUUGAUUACAGUUCUAUUGGUGAAUAAAACCCAUGAACCCUUUUUACUUUAUUUGUAUUCUUAGGAACAUGCACAACUAGAUUCUUCCAAAUGCAAAAGAAACGUAGAGUUCUUAGCUGAGAACUUCAUUGCCUUCUUUCAUUGCUUUGGGUCCUGUUUAGAUCACCUUGUGUCUUACUCUCGAAUUUUUUAGAGCAUUUAUGAUUAUAAGGCUGAAGACUC